AUGGAGGAAAAAAGUUUGUUGCAAAAGCUGCGCUCCUACCCACCGGCGGUAUUUUUCAUGCUCGGAAAUGAGUUUUGCGAGCGUUUUUCGUUUUAUGGAAUGAAAACCAUUUUGUUCAUCUAUCUCAUCACUGAGCAUGAGUUUUCACCAAGUAAAGCAACAUUCAUUUAUCAUCUCUUCACAUGCAUUGCGUAUCUGACUCCACUAAUUGGAUCAAUUAUGGCGGAUUCGGUGUUUGGAAGGUUCAAGGUAAUCCUCUACGGUUCAACAAUCUACGUCGUCGGCCACGUGCUUCUAUCUCUCGGUGCUGUCCCAUUCCUCUCCUACCCAAUCCGAUCAUCACUUGAUUUCUCCGGCCUUUUUGUGAUCGCUUUUGCCACCGGAUGCAUCAAACCGUGUGUUUCUGCAUUUGCAGCUGAUCAGUUCACCGAGGACCAAAAAGAUCUGCGUUCCCAGUUCUUCUCAUUCUUCUACUUUGCCAUCAACGGAGGAUCUCUUUUCGCUAUUAUCAUCACUCCAAUCCUCCGUGGACGUGUUCAAUGCUUCGGAAAUCAACACUGCUUUCCACUAGCCUUCGGUGUUCCCGGAGUUCUUAUGCUAUUGGCUCUUGUGCUCUUUUUACUCGGAUGGUCUCAAUAUAGAAAGUAUCCACCAAGCAAGGAAAACGUCGGAAGCAAAGUGAUCGCUGUUAUCUACACAUCUCUUCGUAAAAUGGUUGGAGGUGCUUCUAGAGAUAAACCAGUGACUCAUUGGCUUGAUCACGCGGCUCCAGAACAUUCUCAAAAAAUGAUUGACUCUGUUAGAGGCCUUCUGAAUGUCGCUGUCAUAUUCUGUCCACUGAUUUUCUUCUGGGCACUUUUUGAUCAACAAGGAUCUACAUGGGUUCUUCAGGCACGUCGUCUCGAUGGAAGAGUCGGUCAUUUCUCAAUCCUUCCUGAACAAAUCCACGCUAUCAAUCCGAUUUGUGUUCUUAUCCUGGUCCCGAUUUUCGAGGGAUGGGUUUAUCCAGCAUUGAGGAAGGUUACCAAAGUGACUCCGUUGAGGAAAAUGGCUGUUGGAGGUCUUUUGACCGCUUUCUCGUUUGCUAUUGCUGGAGUUUUGCAGUUGAAAGUAAACGAAACGAUGGAAUUCCCACCAACACUUGGAAGAAUUUACUUGCAAAGAGUUGGAAAUGAAAGUUUGAUCACUGAUUUUAGAUUCAAGAAUUCUGGAGAACUCAUCGGAGACGGAAUGCUUCCAAAAGGGCGUACCGAACUCGACGCUGGCAUCUACACCUUCAACACUGGAAUUAAAAAUGAAUCUCAAGAAAUCGACAUCUCAAUUCAGAAUAAGGGAUAUGUGAUGGCUGUGUUCAGACUUGAUCAAGGAGUAAAAGUUGUGAAAUUCGACUACAAAGUUGAGAAAACUGACAAUGGAGCGACCAGAGUUUUUGUGGUUUCUGCCAAGGACGAUGAGAACACUUUGGUUUAUGCUAUCAACAAAAAAGGAAAAAUCCUGAGCAGUUGCGAGUUGAAAUCCGGAUCCUAUGUUGAUGUGAUUCCUGGAAUCAUUAGCGAUCCGAACGUCAGAUUGUACUGGGGACCAAAGAGUAGCUGCUCUGGAGCUGAUUGUCCGAAUACUGUGGCACUGAAUGCUCAAAUGGGAGCUGUACACGUUCUACACAUUCAUCCUUCCACCACUGAAGAUGAUUUCAAUUUAUUGGUCCGCCCCAACUCUGUGAGCAUUCUCUGGUCCCUCCCACAAUACAUUAUUAUCACUCUUGGCGAAGUUUUAUUAUCUGUAACCGGACUGGAAUUCGCCUACUCUCAAGCCGCACCAAAUAUGAAAUCAGUGCUCACAGCUAUGUGGCUUUUGACUGUUUUCGCUGGAAACUUAAUUGAUAUGAUGAUCUCGGGAACUCGCUUGAUUCCACAUCCAGCAUUGGAAUUCUUCUUCUACAGUAUCCUGAUGGUUAUUGUUAUGGGAGUUUUCAUUCUUUUAGCCAUGCAAUAUACGUAUAUCGAAGAUAAUGAUGAGGAGAUAACGAUAACAGAAUCAGAAAAGAAGGAUGUGAUUGCAUUGACUGAAAUUGAAUCAGGAACUGCUACGUCUGACAAAAAGGAGUGA